AAGAAAGAACUCAAUUUCAACGUUUAUCAAAUAAAGCAGAAAUUGUAUGCAUAGAUAGAUCCUGAUGAUGAUGAUGGUGAAGAUAGUAGUGAUGACGAUAGUGACGGUGGUGAAGUUAGUAAUGAUGGCAGUGAAGGUUAGGUGCAAAUCAAAUUAUUAGAAUAGAUUUCAACUCAGUAUUUGAGAAUUUUACUGUCUUGUUGUUCCCCCCUUAUUAAAUCCUUUCAUUAAUUUUAUUUUAUUAUGACUAGCCAUGUUCCAGAUUCAAAGCAUUCAACCUUAUUAAAUUCUUUCUUUGCGUUUCAUUAAUUUUGCACCUUUUCAACUUCUCAACACACUAUACAUUCCAUCAAUUAUUCUGACUUCCCUAUAUAAUCAAAAGUUUGUUAAACCAGCCACCAUACAAAAUGAUUUAAAGCAGCAAAGGAAGAAUAAAAAUGGUGAGCUGUUAAUUCUUUUUCACUUUGUUAUAAUGAUGAGUUUGCUUUACUAUGUGCAUAUCUGUUUAUUGAUUCUUAUUUUCAGGAUAACCAGUCGGGCAAAGAGAUUGAGAACACUUCAAAAACUGAUAGAAUCAGUAACUUGCCGGGAUACAUCAUAGAUAAUAUUCUAAUUUGUUUGCCGAUUCAUGAAGCAGUGAGGAGUUGUAUAUUUUCCAAGAAAUGGAGGUUCAAAUGCAGAUACCUUUCCAAAUUAGCAUUUGACCAUACUUUUUAUCAGAAAUCAGUUUUACCUUCAGCCUCAGAACCCAACAUUGCUAAACUCUUUUUUAAUAUUUAUAAAGUUCUAUUGCUUCAUCACGGACCCAUCUUGAAUUUUACAUUUCAUGCUCCAUUGUUAGAAGACUAUUCUGAGAUUAACCAGUUGAUAGUUUACCUGAGGGAGAAAGAUGUUAGUGAAAUUGACCUUUAUUUUCGACAAAAUAGAUUCCAUAGAUUGCCAUCAUUUCUGUUCUCAUGUGUGACAUUAAGGCGCUUGACCUUGUCAUGCUGUACUUUCAGAGUUCCAUUGGUUUCAAGGAUUUGCGAAUGAUUUCUCUUAAGUUUCAGUCGGUUUGUUUUAGAACAAACGUAUAUGAAACUUUCAUCUCCAAAUGCCCCUUACUUGAAACGCUUUCUAUAUUAAGCUGCACUACUAAUGGUGACCUCGAUAUUGAUAUUGACAUUACUUAUCUUAAAUUCUUACAUAUUAGUGGCUAUUUUAAGGCUCUUUAUUUUGGAAAUACUUGUCAGCAUCUUUCAACUGCUUUAUUUGAUGGUUAUGUUUACGAACCAGCAGCCAACCUUUUUGAAUCUCUUCCUGUCAUCGAGCAUUUGCGUCUUGGAUUUGGAUUUUUGCUAGUAAGCCAGUUAUUUUUGUUUACUUCGUAUUUUUAGAUUUGACAAUUUUGUAUUGUUGACUUAGUUGGUAAAUGCAACUUCCUUACUUUGUAUUCUUGUAUUUUCUUUAAGUACCUGGUUGUCUUAGAAUUCUUGAACUGCCUGUUGUAUAUUUUGGGUGUAAGAAAUAUGUCUCUGCUGUUCUUUGCUUGAUCAUGAGCUCUCCUAACUUACAGAAGCUUGAAAUUGGGUCUUUUGCAGCUGAUGAUAAUAUUGAUCCUCUUGCACCGGAACUUUUCAAAGUAGAAGAUCUCUUAGAUAAUGCACUCAAAAGGCUUCGAGUGGUGAAGAUGAAGAUCUCACACAAAGAAGAAGUAAAACCUGAACUGGAAUUUAUUAAGUUCCUGCUGGCUGAAUCAGUAGUUCUUGAAAAGAUGUUUAUACAGCCUGCAGAAGGAGCGGAUGCGGGGGAAGGAUUUAAGAUUUUGAAAGAGAUAACUCGAUUUAAACGUUCAUCAAGUGAAGCAGAAAUUUUAUUCUUAGAUCCUGAAGAUGCUACUGAAUGUUGAUAUUAUUUGCAAUGAAGGCUAGGAUGUUAGAUAUGCCUGAUUAUCAAGUUAUUUUUCUUGUCUUGGGCAGAAAAACAUUGAAAUUGUUUUUAUUUCUUAUUAAGAUUUUGAGAUUAAGGUUCUGAAAAUUUUCAAUUUUCCCUAUGAACUUGUGUUCUUUAGUCAAUUAAUGCAGAAAUUAUUUGUUGAUAUUUA